AUGCAAUUCACUCAAGUUAUCGCUUCAUUGGCCUUGGUCGGUGCUAUCCAAGCUAAAUCUUCCAACUCAACCGGAGGUGCUGUAUCCAACUCCACUGGUGCUGCUGGUUCUAACUCUACCGGUGGUGCUGCUGGUUCUAACUCCACUGGAGGUGCUGGUUCCAACUCAACCGGUGGUUCUGGAGCUUCAGGUAACGCUGCUAACGCUCCUAACGCUAACAUCUACGGUGGUGCUGCUUUGGUUGCUGCUGCUGUCGCUUUGUUGUACUAA